AUGAUCUCAAGAGAGACGACCACAUUUCAUUUUUCUGCAUUAUCUACAGUAUCUGACUUUGACCUGUUUAUUUAAGAUAUGGCGUCUGAGUUCUGCCUUAGUUUCACCAAAUACUUCCUGUUCCUCUUUAACCUAAUGUUCUUUAUUUUCGGAUCGCUAGUCUUAGCUUUGGGACUAUGGGUGCAAUUUUCAAAUGAAAACGAUUUCAUGGCCAUCAUUCCCUACAUCUCCAGCUCUCUCUUCUCCAACUUACUGAUCAUCAGUGGAUCUGUGACUUUGUCAUUGGGCUUUCUGGGGUGUUUGGGAUCUCUGAGGACUGUCAAAUGCUUACUAGCAACUUACUUCAUUCUUCUGACGGUUCUUUUCGCGGCACAGAUAGUGGGUGGGGUUCUUCUCUACACACAGACGACGGAGCUGGAGAAUAAACUGAAGGAGCAAACGUUUUCACUAAUAAAGUCAUUUGAAAAGAAUGAUUCCAGUCUUCGGAAAUUUGAGAAAACCCUUGAGUACAUUCAGGAAACGGGCGAAUGCUGUGGAUGGGGCGGAAAAUACGACUGGAAUCAUGUACCCUGUUCAUGCUACUAUAUAGAAAAUGCCACUGACGCAAUACAUAAAAUCGAGGAUCAGUGUCCCCAAUGUAAAAAUUCUUCCAUUUCAAAUUACAACUGCAGCACUUAUGACAAGGGUUGCAGUAAAAAAAUAAUAGACUGGGUGAACAAUAAUCUUCUCUUCAUUUUGGUGGUUAUUUUAGCCACUGCUGCGGUGGAGAUAUGUGGUAUGAUCCUUUCGAUGUAUCUGUAUAAAGAAAAUUCUGUGGAUUACAGCACAUUUCCGUAUUAAGAUGGCCAGAGACCACCAACGGAAAAAGACCCUUUCUGUCAUUCAUAAAUGUGAUAAUUUGUUAAUGGGAUUUUGUUGCGAUUAUUAUUUUUCUGGAUAGCGUUCAGUAUAUUUUUAUACAAUUCAUACCAAUCCCACAAACUCCAACCAACACCAACAUUGCAAUUUACAUUUGUUUGAUCAGUGUUAGUUUAUUGGUGUUGGUUGGUGUUUGUUGGAUCAGUGUGAUAAGUCAAUCACUUUUAGAUAAAAAAACAUAUUUUUUCUAUUAUACUUAUUCAGUAUAAGAAGUUUACUUUGUGUUUAUAAAGAAUAACGUAUUCUGCAAAUCUGUUCAUGUAAAAUUUUAAAAGAUAGAAACAUUAAGAAAUGAAUCUGUAAACAAGAAUGUUUGUGUUUUUGCUUUAGCCGUAGGGUAUAACCAGCACAUUAGGGUGGGACAGUGUAAUGUUACACCAUUGUUCUGCACACAAAGCCUAUGACCUGAAUAUUGUGGCAAACUGUGGGAAUCAUUUUUUUUAUAUCUAAAUUAUUAAUUCUCAGUUUGAACCUUAAUACAUUUAUUUUUUAACAAAAUUUCAAGCUUAAUCACAGUUACAGUAUUAUGUACAUGGUCAGCGUUUGAAUGAGGUUUUCAUUGUUUUUAAAGAUGUCAGUGUAUUCAAUAAGUCAAUAAAGCUAAAGUAAUUGUAAAGAAACUGUUGCUAUUGAAUGAAAUGUUAAUAAACUUUAAAAAUUACAAUUUAAAAGUUGUUUUUAUGCUAUUAGAGCUGCUAUUUAAACAUGGUAUUUAAUCUGAGGAUCUGGCACAGAAGAUACAGAAGAUAUGUGAUACACCUGAGCCGAUAUAAUAGGUCAGGGAGGCGGACACUUGCAUGUCAUAUAUAUACAAAGUAUUUGCUUUGUUGAUCUUUUAGACAAUUUCUAGAGGAACAGUUCAGAUUAAGAAGACUAGUUUAAAGCAAAAACAUGGAAUCUCGUACAUUGGUUCUGGUGGUGUUUUUAGGUGUCGUCUGCGUUGCACAGGCACUUUGGUGUAACUACUGCAAAAAGAUCGACAAAGACCAUCCCUACUGUGAUCAAAUAGAGGAGAGAGAAUGCGCCUCCGGUCACAAUAAAUGCAUUAAGAUCACAAUGCAACAUCCAGCCUACGGUGAGGUGCGCAGAUGUGCCACCGAAAAGGAGUGUGAGGCCCGAGUGCCUAAGGAGGUUAUUAAACAAUGCUGCAGUGAUGGUGACCUUUGCAACUAACCGGCUCCAUCAGCCAAAUGUAUUUUGCAAUGUGGUCUGUUAAAACCUUGAACUUGUACUACUUAAAAAUGCACAUAUGUUGAAGUUGGAUUGCUCUUUAUUUAAUACAUGUAAAUUAUAGGAGAAAUAUUAUAAAUAAAAUCUGACCAGCAAAAGCAA